UAUCGAAGGUGUGUUUUUGCAGAGAACAACAUACAAUUGAAUUGUGCUGGGAAUAAACAAAUUUGUGAAAAUCACAGGAUUUAGGUAUUCCCAAAAUAGAUAAACUCAAUGUGUAUUCGGAUAUAAAGGUAGAGGAUUACGGAACGAGUUGUUCAUCGAUAAUAACCCCGGAAGUUAUGUAUUCCGAGUGGAUAAUAUAAACAUGUUGAUUGAAGUUAGAUGUGUAUUCAGUAUAGAGAUCAACACAUGUAGUUAACAGGUAAACAAUCGUUUGAAACAGCUGUUUUCUAAUAUGGAAGAAAUACAAAGGAUUUUCGAUAUUGAAUGGAAAGAAAAAUUUCCUUCAGUUAAUGCACCGCUGUUACAAAGUGAUUUUAGUUCAGAUAAUUAUUCAUGUAAAAGGCCUCGGGAGAUUUUACAAAAGUUAUAUAAUGCAACGAGAACAAAAUCAGAUAAGUUAAAAAGUCAAUUAGAACAAUGCGAAUUUAUGGAAACAUUUUUACAAGGGAAAUUAACAGCUGAUAAUGACGGCGGUGAGAGACAUUAUAACAAUAAUAGAGGUAGUAAGUAUUUAACUAACGGUAUAGGUGAUGCUCUGGAAAAAUGUAUAAAAUCUGCUGUCACUUUAAAUGCAGGAAUUGUACUAGAAAGUAAUAUUGAUGCAGAUAACUGUUCAAACAAGAAAGAUAACGCAGUGAUAGAGCAUCCUGAAGGGUCAACCAAUGGACAUGUAUUAGUAGAAAAUGAAUUAGCUAGUUCCCCUGAACUAUUAACUACACAAAUAUGUGAUAAGACAAAUUUUGACAGCCAUGAGUCAGUUGAUGACAACGAUCAGGAUUUAAAACAGAAAUGUCAUCGAAAUUGGAACUCCGAACAAGUUAAUCAGGUGACACCCAAAAGUGAUCCGCUACCAAGAAAAUUCUUGCAACCGAAAACUCAUCCUAAACCAGCUGUACCUCCGCGGAAAGACACACUGCAUGAGUCAGAUAAAGGAAUCGAUAUUAUUACUCCUAUUCAGUGCGUCAAUGGACCAAUUUUCAAAAGCACUAUAAAUAUUGUUGGUGAGAAUUCAACUUUUAGUACAUUCAAAGGUAAAAGUAAAGUUAAGGAAACCGAUUUAGAUAAUGUUUUAAACAAUGACCGUGAUUACGAAAUAAACAAUCACCGAGAGGAAGACACAACAGGAUUAUCCUCAGGAAAUAAACAGAUUAAAAUAAAACCUGAUUACAGUGAUUCGGAGGCAGAUAAUGAAAAAAUGAGAAAAAUACGGAAAAAAAGUAACAGAGAUAGCGAGGAAAAGGUUGUUGCCACCUCGUUUAAAAAAAUUAGUCAUGAAAGUGAAUCAACAAACUUAGUAGUGGACAAACAGGGAAAGAAUGUUAAACAUCAUGUCCAAACUGACCAGGGUGAUCAUUUACAAAAUGUCAAAACAUUAAGUGACAAACCACCCGGAUUACCGGAAAGAAAACCAAGCAUGGAAAUAAGUCAAAUAGAAAAUCUACCAAAUUUACAAAAAAGAAGACAAAGUAGAAAUGACUAUGAAAAUAUAUCUUUGGAUUUCAUUUUGACACGAUCACAAACAAUAACAGAUGACUCGCCAGACUCUGAAGAAAAUGAGGAGGAUCUUUAUGACAAUGUGACUGAAUUUAGAAAGUCUGACAAUACUGUGGACCAUGCUGAUAAAGCAGCUAACAAUUUAGAAACACUUUCAACAUCAUCAGGUGGAGAUAACUCUUCAGCUAGUCAUUCCCCUUCAGCAAUCCAUGACCAUGUCCCUUCAAUAAGAGAUUCUGUUUUUAUAUCGGAUGAUGUAAAAUAUGACAGAGAGAGUAAGCUUCUGGAAGACAAUGAACUGGAAGCAGAUGGUGAGACCAGUGAUCCUGAAUCUGGUCAUGUAACUAUGGAAAUCAGGGUUGCCAAGACAACAGAUGAUGACGACAGUACAGAAGACAAUAUUAGCUGUGAUAGUCUGGAUGAUAGAAAGAUUGAUGAAAUAGAAAGAAUGCGACAGGACAGACAGAAAAAGUUACAUAUGAGACAGAUUGUUGUCAAGGGAAUCCUAGAAAGUGAAAAGACAUAUUUACAGAUAUUACAAGAAAUAACCACGAUUAAAAGAAAUCUACAAACCAAAAGUUUACAGGAACAUUGUAGGAUGUGUCCGUUAGAAGAUUUAUCUACGAUAUUUUACAAAGUGGAGGAAAUCAAGCAAUAUCACCAAACAUUUGUACAAAGUUUGCAGGAAAAAGUCAAUAACUGGUCAGAUGAACAAAAAAUUGGCGAAAUAUUUAAAGAAUUGACAUUUUAUAUUCCUAUAUACAAAGAAUAUGUAGACAAUAUAAAUAAAGCCAGAGAUUUAGUCCAGAAAUACUGCACAGAAAAUGGUGAAUUUAAAAGAAUGGUUUCUACUAUGGAAAUAAAUAUGACAAAUGGCUUCAUAGAAAAAACAAAUUUAGAAGAAGCUUUAUUUAAACCAGUACAAAGAUUACAAAGAAAUACUCUAGUUUUACAUGAUUUACUUAUGCACACUCCACAUGACCACCCUGAUUACCAGAUGUUAAACAAAGCCUUGUCUCUGGCCGACCUCAAUAUCAAAUCUUUUGGUGAAGAGGAGGAUGGAGGUAGCUCAAGUUCUACAGGAAAGCCCAAGGAACAAGGGCAUCUUGUAAAAAGUGGCUUUGUGAUAGAAGUGAUUGGUAACAGUCGGAAGUUACGGUUCUUGUUUCUGUAUAGUGAUAUCAUUGUGUGUACAAAACAUAAGGUAUCAGGAAGGCAUAAGAUGAAAAGUUUUGACUGUAAAUGGUUCAUACCUAUAUCCAAUAUCAAUGUAGAAACAAAAUCUACUGAUGGUAAAACUUACUCUUGUAAAGAAGAUAUUGAUGCCAUGAAAAAAAGAAUUGUUAGUUUGAAAUCCGAGUUAAGAAAAGAAAUGAGGAAAAAAACAGAGAGUUUUAGAGAUAGAACUUGGUCAUUAGCUGGAAAAGUAUCAUCAAGAAAUAUAGAAAAAUUAAAAAAGAAAAUUGAAGAACAGGAAGCUCAGUUAGUUUUGUCGUCCCCUCACCUCCCGUUACACAUCCAGACGAGAGAUGAGGAUUCUAAGGAUUAUAUCAUAUUGAUAUCUACAGACUUCGAACGUGAGGAAUGGAGGGAUGCCAUACUCAGUCAACAGAGGCACCCUCAUGGAAUUGCUUUAACAAGAGAACUUAGUGUCCAUGGGAUACAGACCAUGGUUAAUAAAAGUACACAGUUACCUCAAGUGAAUAACAUAGGAAAUUACCUCAGCAAGAAUGAUGAGGAAAUGCUGAGUGGUUUAUUAAAUGUAACAAUACAUUGUCUGUAUGGUCUAGAUCAACCAUCAGAUGUGUUUGCUGUCCUAGAGCUGGACUCCUAUGGUCAUUUCUUUAAGAAAGCUCAGACCCAUAAAUGUAUAAACACUACAGAUCCUACCUGGGAUGAGGAUUUCGAGCUGGAACUUGACGGCUCACAAACAUUACGGGUCUUAUGUUAUAAAGUUGCUAGUCCUAAUAAUGUUUUGAUUGGUCGAAGUGCUCUUGAGUUAAGUAAAGAAUGGUUAAGUAGCAGCUUUAAAGAACAAAAGAUUUCUAUGAAUGAGAUAUCAUUAACCAUAUCAGUGAGACACACUACCACAGCCAAAACUCUAAAGAGAACACCCUCUAAACUACAUGGCGGAAUAUUUGGAUUCAAGAUCAAAACUGUUACCAUGAGGGAAGGAAAGACCAUUCCAACUUUUGUUGCUUCUUGUAUCAGACUUGUGGAACAAAAAGGAAUGGACGAAGUCGGCAUCUACAGAAUAUCAGGGGUCACAUCAGAAAUACAGAGGAUUAAAAGAGCCUUUGAUAAAAACUUGAGAGCUGGAUUGAAUAUUCUAGCUGAUUCAGACAUACACGCUGUGACUGGUGUCCUCAAGCUAUACUUCAGAGAGCUACCAGAACCACUCUUUACAGAAGAAUCAUAUCCACAAUUUGUAGACUCAAUAGCGUUAGCGGAUGAGGACUCAAAAGAAAAAUGUAUGUUACAGUUACUACACAAUCUACCAGACGUCAACUAUUAUUGUAUAGUAUCUGUUAUAGAACAUCUUGUAAAGGUGAGUAAACAUGAGUCAGAAAACAAAAUGUCCUUGAAUAACCUUGCAACAAUAUUUGGACCAACGUUACUUCAUCCUGCAGUGAAGGAUGAUUCUAAAGUUUCUCCAGCUAUGAUGAUGAUGCAAGGAGCACAAGAUGUCUUUACCCAAGCAGCUGUCUUAUACUACUUCCUCAAUCUGGUGCAUUCUGGGAAAAGUAUUAGAAAAUCCUCUCAGCUUAUCUAAGACAACUGACUUGAUUUUACUUGUUAUCCAUUCCAUUAUGAAUAUGUAUGAUGUUAUUAUUUUGUUUUCAAUUUGUUUGUAUUCUGAUUUGUUGUACUGUAAUUUCAAUAUUCACUAAGUGUUCAUAUAGUAAAUAUAUUUAUAUUUGCAGUUAAGUUUUAUUGUUUUUGCAAAUAAGUAAUGAUUUGAUUAUUCAAUCUGUUAAGGUUAAUUUUUAGUCACCAGCAGAUUUUCAAGCAUAAUAUUUAUAUUUCAAUAUUCUUUAAUGUUAUCUAUUACAACUAAUGAAAACAGCAAUGGCAAAGAUCUUGACAAAUUCUGUAUGAAGAGUCUUCAUAGAUUUGAUAUCUAGAAAACAGUUGUUAUUUAAACCUUCAACUGAAUUCCAAGGACUUGGUCAAUUAAAAGGAAUUGAAUGUAAAAGCAAGCAAGCAAGCAUUAAUUUUAUGUUGAUUUUGUAAAUAUUAAGUAGAUACUUAUAGAUAUUUAAAUUUUGCAAUCCUGUUUCAGUAAAUAACAGAUUCAAGAAACAUAUAAAUAAAAAUGGCAGAUUAAGCUUAAAUUGUGCAAUAGUUAUAUGUAAACAUUCAUAGGAAUCAUUACAUUGUGUUUUGUAUUGUGGACUAAAACAAGAUGAAUAGAAGCAUUUAAAUAAAAUGCUGAUGAAAAAAGUCUUGUUUUGAUAUGUCAAAGUAAACAUUUAUGUCAAAUGCAUUGCUUUAGGUAUUUGUUCAUAACAGUGAAUACAUGAAACAAAAAUAUAAUUAUGCAUAUUUUUCAAUGGCUUGUUGAUUUAAUAAAUACCUCAGUCUUUGUUUGUAUACAAAAUACUUUUUGUCUAUAUUGGAGACCAAUUGUUUUAUAUAUAAAUGUAUUAUUGUUAGCUAUAGACAAACAUACUGUUUAUUUGUUAUUUAAGAAUCUAAAGCAUUCUGGGUAAUAAUUUCAAAUGUUGAAAACUGCAGACGUUCAACCAACGAGUAAAUUAUUUAUUAAUUUUGAUUUACGUACAAUGAAAUUACCCAUAGUCCUAUAGAUUCUUUGUUGACAAAUUUCAAGUUUUGUUUUUGUUGUUGUUUUUAUGUGUGUACAAUUAUAUGACAAUUCAUGAGCUGGUAUCAUGAUCAAUCCAUCAUUCCAUAGGGGUUUGUUUUUUCUGGAAGGACCAGUUAGAUACAUGAUGAAAUGCAAUAUCAGUGCCAGGUUUUGAAUGCUUAAGGUUAAAAUCUGCUCAGUGUAUAGUGUACAGUAUUCUUUUAAAUAUUUUAGUGUAUAUACCUUGUUGACCUCGUUUAUUGUAUAUAGUUUAGUGACAAUAUUUAUUUAUAGGCUUCAAUAGAAUUAUUUGAAAGAUGUCAGAUUUUUCAAUUAUACCUAAUUGAGCAGAUUUUGUUGAAAUUAUGACAUAACCUCAUUUUUAGGCAUAUACUAAAUUACUAAAAGAAUGAAAAACAUAUAUUUAGAUAUUUGUUAUUGGGAUAUUUUCUAAUGUAAAUUUGUUUAUGAUAUUCCACAUUGAUAUUUUUUGCCAUUUGUUAAAAAAUAACAAAUACAAACCACACUUUUCUUGUAAAAUAUCAUUCUUAAAGAAAAAAAUGUCAUUUUAAAUAAAAUACAUUGACACAAAAUUUUGAAUAUUAGUAAAAAUUAAGAGGAUAGUAAAAGAGGAUUUAUGCAUGCCAAGAUCAGGACCAAUAUUUAUUUACAAUUAUUUCACUUGUUGAUUUGCACAAAGUUACAUGUUUAUUUUUGUUGGCUUUACUUUUUAGAAUAUUUCCUUUGUUGUUUAUAUAACUUCUUUGUGUAUUAUUUAUAUUUAAACAUAUGUCCUACGCACAAUAAUAUCCUCAAAUAUAUAGACAAAAAGUCAUGACAGAAAUUUUAAUGAAAUUUGUAUAUUUGUUUAACUGAAUUGUUUUCAAUAUGAUUUAUUGAAGAUGUUCCUAAUUUGUGUUUGGGUAGCUGGUCAUUGUUUUUUUUAUAACAAAACAUGUGACAGACAUUUACCACUCUUAGUUUGGAAGAAGAAAAACUUCGAUAUCUUCCCUUCUUUAUCUGACGGACCUUUGACUUUUUUUAAAGGUAUACCUACAACCUGGUCUUAAUUUGUAAUUUUUAAUCUAUCUAAAAUAACUUCUUUAUUGUUCCUAUUUUAUCUUUCUUUCCUCUGUGUAAUUGUUAUAAAAAAUAGAUUUUCUAUCAUAAAAAUUGUGACUAUAUCUAAUGUUUUGUUAGAAAAUCCUGUUUAAAUCUAAUGUACUUCUGAAUAUACUUAUCAAAGGUACCACAAUUAUAAUUUAGUACGCCAGACGUGCGUUUUGUCUAUAUAAGACUCAUCAGUGAAGCUCAAAUCAAAAUAUUUAUGAAGCCAAACAAGAACAAAGUUGAACUUAGGCUAUUUUGCUCUUUAUAAUGUAUGUAAAAUAUGUAGUCUUCAACAGGUGUCAUGUCAAUAAAGUUUUAACAUUUAGAUUUUUCUGUUAAUAUUCCCCCGGUGCUUAAUGUUAAACUACCUUUGUCUUUCUUUCAUUUUAAAUUUGAACACAUACAUGACAAUCAGAUAUAACUGAAAGCUAUAUAGGUACCAUGACCAUAACCAUAAUGAGGGUGGACAGUUUUUGAAUAUUUUAUCAAUCAUGGACAAUUAUAAAAAUUGAAUUAACACAGUGGUGGAUCCAGGGGAAGGGUUCCUGGGGUUAGAACCCCCCUUUUUCAGCUGAUUAAUGCAUUUGAAUGGGGACAUAUAGUUGGAACCACCCUCUUUUUUCCCUUUUUUUAAAUGGCUGGAUCCGCCCCUGUAACAAGACAACUUUAUGAUAUAUAAUUUUCUGACUGAAUCAACUUAUUUGUAAUGUUUGAGGUAAUGAGAUGACAUUUUUAUCCAAGAAACAACACCUUUUUGAAGAUAGAUGCAUUACAUGCAGGUUAGACUAUAAUUUCUAACCUUUUAUUUGUUUUAGUGCAUUUUGCAUAAGGGACUGAUCAUUCAUCAUGGUGCUGAUAAAAUUGUUACUUUGCAUUUCUAUUAAAUACUGUUCUGUGCUAAAUCAAAAUAUGUGCAAUUUAAUUUCUGUAAUAAAAUCUUGUUUAAGUGUU